AUGUCCACUUCCAAUUGUAGGUUUUACGAGAACAAGUUCCCUGAAGUUGAUGAUGUUGUGAUGGUAAACGUCCAACAAAUCGCUGAAAUGGGUGCUUACGUUAGAUUAUUGGAAUAUGACAACAUUGAAGGUAUGGUUUUGUUAUCUGAAUUGUCAAGAAGACGUAUUAGAUCUAUCCAAAAGUUGAUUCGUGUUGGUAAGAAUGAAGUUGUCGUUGUAUUAAGAGUGGAUAAGGAGAAGGGUUAUAUUGAUUUGUCUAAGCGUCGUGUUUCUGCAGAAGAUGUCAUCAAAUGUGAAGAAAGAUACCAAAAGUCCAAGGCCGUACAUUCCAUCUUGAGACAAUGUGCUGAGAAAUACCAAGUAUCAUUGGAAGAUUUGUACAAAGCUUAUGCAUGGCCUUUAAGUCGAAAGUACGGUCAUGCUUACGAUGCCUACAAGAUGUCCAUUGUGGACCCUAACGUUUGGGAUGGUAUUGAAUCUAUCAGCGACGAAAUUUUCCAAGAAUUGAAGGGCCAAAUCACCAGAAGAUUGACCCCACAAGCGGUCAAGAUCAGAGCAGAUGUCGAGGUUUCAUGUUUCAGUUACGAGGGUAUUGAUGCUAUCAAAGAAGCCCUAAAAUCUGCUGAAGAGUUGUCCACUGAACAAAUGCAAAUCAAAGUCAAAUUGGUGGCUGCCCCAUUGUACGUCAUCACCACCCAAUCUUUGGACAAAGAUCAAGGUGUUCAACUAUUGGAAACUGCUAUCGCAAAGAUCGAAGAAGUCAUUCUAAAGUACAAUGGUGUCUGUAAUGUCACAAUGGCUCCAAAGGCUGUCACCGCCACUGAAGAUGCUGAAUUACAAGCACUAUUAGAAUCCAAGGAAUUAGAAGGUAGAUCAGAUUCCGAAGAUGAAGACUCCGAUUACGAAUAG